UCGGGACUUGACACAAAACAAACUAAGUUUAAAUGUUAUGCAUUAAAUAAUGCAUAACGUAAUGCAUUAACCUGUCUACAGGUUGAAUUGGAUGGUGUCAGUUGAUUCAAUUCAAUUCAAUUCUAGAAUUCUUGCACCUUCCAUGAAGUGCUCACAUUCUCUCCCUGGACACAACACCUGUUUAUAUUCAAGAGACCAGUCAACUACCAAGAAACUUUCGUGUUCAACUAAAUCAAGACUUCAUAAACUUCAUUAUGAACGACGCGAUCAUCAAAGUGGAGGAUGUGGAAUUUGAAAUCAACACGACCAUCCUGUGUAAAUGCAGCCGCUACUUCCUGUGAGUUGAUUAUCUGAAGCAUGUUAAUGUAUAUCCUUCAAAUUAGCAGAAAAAUAAGGGGUAAUGAUCUGAGAGACUAAUCGCAAUACGUAAUGAGUUCAGUUAUUUAUUAUUAUAUUAUUAUUAUUAUGUGAACACUACAGUAGUCUGUCAGUUCCAUAGUAAUGUGCUUUUAAGCAGAUCAGUAAAGUGUAGUAGCAUUGAGUAUUUUGUGUGUUCAGAAAAGUGACCAGAUUAAUUUAAGGCAAAUUGAGAUGGUCGAUUCAAUGCACAAAUGGAACAGAGAAGCUGUUCACAGCUACAAAACACUGAGAUGAAUUGAGAUCACAAAAGAAAACAAAAAUGAAAAACAAAUGUAAUAUCAAAUAUUUGUGACAUUCUUAUGUUGCGUUCACACCAAACGCGUCGCGAAUAUUCGCAAAGCGAUUUACUCGCGUGAGUUUCGUCGCCCGACAAGUUGUGUUCAUUCCCGUGCUGCGUUCAUACCAAACGCGCGUCUAGAUCCCAUGCAAAGUCAAUGCACAGGCACGUUAGACGCGAAAAGGGGGCGUGGCUUAUCUUUUUCUUGGGUUAUCUCCGUGGCUUGUCUCCGUAAUUAAGCAAUAAGGUUCGAGAGGCAGGACUGUAUCGUACAAUAAUGUCCGGUUCAAGGGUGUUGUUAGGCCCUUGUUAUCAAUGUUAGAAGAAAAAUCUCCAUUUCCAACCCUUUGCUUUUGUGUCUACCCUUAACCCACAGUGAUCUCUUCCAGUGCUCUCUUCCAGACAAAAGGGUAUUUGCCAUACGGGGAAUGUCUCCCGACAUUAUGCGGCUCAUCAUUGAGUUUGCGUACACCGGCUCCGUUUCGGUGACGACAGAAAACGUGCAGGAGCUGCUGCUGGCGGCUGAUCGGCUCAACGUGAUGGACGUCGUGCAGAAUUGCUGCGACUUCCUCGGGGAGCAGCUCUGCGCGGAGAACUGCAUCGGCAUCUUUCGCUUUACCGACAUCGUCUUCUCCACCAAAUUGCAGCGCAAGGCCUACCGCUACAUGGUCGACCACUUCGAGGAGGUCGCUCACCACGAAGAGUUCCUGCAUCUGCCCCUGCAGCAACUCAUCGACAUCCUCGAAAGAGACGACCUCAACGUGAGAAAUGAGAGCGUCGCCUUCGAGGCCGUCCUUCGCUGGAUCGACCACGUACCCGAAGAACGGAAAGCACACCUGGCCGUGCUCUUGUCUAAGGUACGACUGGCCUUGACGACUCGGGUUUACAUGCGGCUCAAUGUUUUGUCCAAUGAGCUGGUGAAUACCAACGCUGAGUGCCUGACAAUGGCCUGGGAUUCCCUUGAAGCCAUAAGUCACAUCAGGACAAGCAGGCCCUCUGUUGCUCAUCUCAGCAAACCGGACGCCCGCCCUCGCCUGCCGAACGCCAUCCUGUUGGCCAUCGGAGGCUGGAGUGACGGCGAGCCAAACAACGGCAUCCAGGCGUACGACAUCCGCGCCGACUACUGGAUCAACAUGACAAACAAUUGCGAGCGGCCCCGCGCCUACCACGGCUCCGCCGUCCUCAACGGGAGCAUCUACUGCAUUGGCGGCUCCAACCGGGUGGAGUAUUUCAACAGCGUGCGCCGGUUCGAUCUGAGCACGUGCGUCUGGCAAGAGGCGGCCUCCAUGUGCCACCGCCGCUGCUACCUGAGCGUCACCGUGCUGGGCGAAAGCAUCUAUGCCUUGGGAGGCUUUGAUGGGUGCACGUGGCUCAGCAGCGCCGAGCGCUACAGGCCCGAGACCAACCAGUGGAGUCUCAUCGCGCCGAUGCAAGAGGUCCGGAGCGACGCCAGCAGCACAACGCUGCACAACAAGGUUUACAUUUGUGGGGGGUUCAAGGGGAACAAGUGCUUGCAAACGGCUGAAUGUUACAACCCAGAGACCAACCAGUGGACAAUGAUCAGCCCCAUGAACAGCCGGCGCAGCGGAUUAGGCAUCGUUGCAUAUGCAGGUCGUGUCUAUGCAGUCGGCGGCUUCGAUGGCACCGACUGUCUGUACAGCGCAGAGGCAUACGACCCCGAGAACAACAGCUGGCAUGAAGUGUCGCCCAUGUGGACUCCCCGCAGCAACUUCGGCAUCGAAGUGCUCGAAGAUCGGCUCUUUGUUGUCGGGGGCUUCAACGGCUCCAACCUCUCCGACAUUGUCGAGUGCUACGACGCGACGACUGAUGAGUGGACGCGGGCUUGUGACAUGGAGAUUUGCCGCUGUGCCCUGAGCUGCUGUGUGGUGUCCGGGCUCCCCAACAUGGCCGGGUACGUUGUCUCCCGGGACGCCCUGCCGUUUAUAAAGAGGAUGCAAACUCGGACGUACAUUCCUGAACUGUGCCCUGUGCCAUCAUCAUCCACCUGGUUUUAAGACUUAAACCUACAAAAGAGAAAUACAAUUUCUUUGUUCAUUAAUCUGCUGUCACUUUCUUUAACUUUUCCGUUUGUGCAACUGAUAAGUAAGUUGCAUGUUCU